AUGAGAGAGCGCUUUGCCUACCUCGCGACCCUCGCCCGUCGCCCUUGCUUUCUCCGCCCACUGCCCUCACCCCGCCCGUCGCCCUCGCCGCCUCGCCGCCUCGCCGCCCGUCGAGUUCGGUUCCCUCGCCCGUCGCUCUCGCUUCCCCCGCCCGUCGUUGUUCACUUAAUCUACUAUUCUAACACGUCGCUCUCGCUUCCCCCGCCUACUACCCUCGCCUCGCCUGUCGCCCUCGCCGCUUCCCCGCCCGUCGCCCUCGCUUCCGCCCGUCACCGCCCGUCACCCUCCCUUCCGCCCGUCACCCUCCCUUCCACCCGUCGCCCUCCUUUCCGCCCGCCGCCCUUCCUUCCCCUCGUCGCGCUUCCUUCCGCCCAUCGCCCUCCCUUCGUCUCGUCGCCCUCCCAUCGUCUCGUCGCCCUCCCUUCCUCCCGUUGCCUUCCCGUCCGCCCGCCGCCCUUCUUUUCCCUCGUCGCGCUCCCUUCCCCCCGUUGCCUCGUCUCGUCGCCUCUCUGUCGCUCGUCGCCCUCCUUCCCGCUCGUCCCCUCGCAAUCCCCGUCUCUCUCUCCCCCCGUCGCCCUCUCUUUCCCCGUCGCCCUCCCAUCCACUCCUCGUUGUCCUCGCCAUCCCUCCCUUCUCCCUUCUCAUCUCGCACACUUGUCACGCUCCCUUUCCCACCUGCACAUGCACCCUUCCCACUCCCGAAUAAUCGCCUUUCACCCCCACACUGCAUACAUCUCUCCCUUUCCCCCCCAUCAAUCGCCCUGCUCCCCACCGUCCUCCCCCCAGCUCUCUCCCCGGCAUCUCCCUCGCUCCCCACGUCCUCUUCCCUGCUUCCCCCCAUCCCCUUCCGUGCUUCCCCCCAUCCCCUUCCGUGCUUCCCCCCAUCCCCUUCCGUGCUUCCCCCCAUCCCCUUCCGUGCUUCCCCGAAUCCCCUUCCGUGCUUCCCCCCAUCCCCUUCCGUGCUUCCCCCCAUCCCUUUCCGUGCUUCCCCCCAUCCCCUUCCGUGCUUCCCCCCAUCCCCUUCUGUGCUUCCCCCCAUCCCCUUCCGUGCUUCCCCCCGUCCCCUUCCGUGCUUCCCCCCAUCCCCUUCCGUGCUUCCCCCCAUCCCCUUCCCUACUUCCCCCCAUCCCCUUCCCUGCUUCCCCCCAUCGCCUUCCCUGCUUCCCCCCAUCCCCUUCCCUGCUUCCCCCCAUCCCCUUCCCUGCUUCCCCCCAUCCCCUUCCCUGCUUCCUCCAUCCUCUCGCACUCUCACUCUCCUUCCCCCACCCUCUGCCCUGUUCCCACCUAGGAACCCCCAUCCCUGCCUUUUCCUCCCACCCUCCUUCCCCCACUCUCCUUCCUCCUGCACUCUCUCCCUCCGUCCUCUCGCACUCUCACUCUCCUGCACCCUCUGCCCUGUUCCCACGUGCCCUCCCCAUCCCUGCCUUUUCCUCCCUGCUCCGCCCUUCCCUCCCCCAGCCGUUCACAACCCUUCCCUUCCUUUUCAUGCCCUACCCUUCCCCCUCACUCCUCACCUUCCGCCCUCUAAUACCCAUGCAUGUGCACCCAUUAGUGUCUCCCCAUACAUGCUUUCAUUAUGUGUGCUUGUGUGUAUUCCCCUGCCGUUGUUCCCUUGCACCUCACACCACCUCCCCCAUGUUUCUUCACACGAAUCUUUCUGCCUACUCCAAUCUCCCCUAUUUUUCAGUGGUGAAGCAGAGGAGCAAGCUGAGGCGCAGCUAG